CGGGCACGGACCCGGCGCUGCUCCCGCCGCCGCCGCACAGCCCUCAUCCCCCCGUGCCGCAGGUCCGGGCUCUGCCUCCGGGAGCCCCCGGGGCUCCCCCCGCGCUGGGAAGGGCGGACCCCCGUCCCCGGGCGAUGGCUCGGGGGAGGCGCCGGCCGUGCCCGGGCCGGGGGCACCGCCCGGCCGCAGGGGCGGGAGGCGGGGAGGGGUCACUGCCCCGGCCGGAGCUCGGCCGCCGGGAUGCCGCCCGCCGGCGCUGCCCGCGCUAAUUGGAUGCUCCGCGGAUGGAGGAUUUCCUCCCCUCCCGGCUGCGGGAGUCAUGAAGGCAGGCUCGGCUGCGCUUGAAAGUUUGCCAACCAGCAGCUAGGUUUAAUUUCUUUAAGGAUCUAGGGAGAAGGGGGGGCGGGGGCUGGAGGGGGACCGUUUCCAAGCAUGGGAGACAGGCUGCCGGAGCCUCACGCCAGCUCUUCCCCUGCUGUGGCUGCCAGCUCGGAGGCGGAAGAAAUCGAGGUGCUGGACUCCGAGGAUGUCCUACCUAUGGCCGCAGAGGAUUUUGAUCCUGACAACACUGGCUACAUCAGCACUGAGAAGUUUCGCUCCCUUCUCCAGAGACACGGCUCGGAGCUGGACCCCCACAAGCUGGAGGUCCUGCUAGCCCUGGCAGACAGCAACUCUGAGGGGAGGAUCUGCUACCAGGACUUCGUCAACCUGAUGAGCAACAAGCGGUCCAACAGCUUCCGGCAGGCCAUCCUGCAGGGGAACAGGAGGCUGUGCAGCAAGGCCCUGCUGGAGGAGACAGGCCUGAGCCUCCCGCAGAGGCUGAUCCGCCACGUGGCCUACGAGACGCUCCCGCGCGAGAUCGACCGCAAGUGGUACUACGACAGCUACACCUGCUGCCCCCCGCCCUGGUUCAUGAUCACCAUCACCAUUGUCGAGGUUGCCUUUUUUCUUUACAAUGGAGUGGUCUUAGACAGAUUUGUGCUCCAAGUCAGCCACCCCUUGUACCUGAAGAAUGCAUUACUGUACCAUCCCCAGCUCCGGGCCCAGGCUUGGAGGUACCUAACCUACAUAUUCAUGCAUGCAGGGAUAGAACACCUUGGGCUCAAUGUUGUCCUUCAGCUCUUGGUUGGGGUUCCUCUGGAAAUGGUGCACGGAGCUGCGAGGAUCAGUUUUGUGUACGUUGCAGGAGUUGUGGCAGGGUCGCUGGCAGUGUCAGUGGCUGACAUGAGGGCGCCGGUGGUGGGCUCCUCUGGAGGUGUGUAUGCCCUUGUCUCCGCUCACCUGGCCAAUAUUGUGAUGAACUGGUCAGGAAUGAAGUGCCAAUUCAAACUGCUGCGCAUGGCUGUUGCCUUGAUCUGUAUGAGCUUUGAAUUUGGAAGAGCCGUGUGGCUGAGGUUCCACCCCUCCGCUUACCCCCCGUGCCCCCACCCCAGCUUCAUGGCUCACCUGGGAGGGGUGAUGGUUGGAAUCACCCUUGGAGUCAUCAUCCUGAGGAACUAUGAGCAGAGACUCCAAGAUCAGACUUUAUGGUGGAUCUUCCUUUCUAUUUACGUCAUUUUUGUCUUGUUUGCCAUAUUCUGGAAUAUUUUUGCCUACAGUCUGUUGGAUCUAAAGCUACCUCCCCCUCCUUGAAAACAUGGGACAGAAAACUGGAGAGCAGAAGUCAUCUGUCAGCUGUGUUAAAUGAAUGAAGAUGGAGGAUCUAUUUUUGUAUUUAACUUAGGGGAGGAUGAUUCUUCUGAACACAUGAGUGUGCUGGAGGAGGUGCUUAAAGAUCUCAUGAAAGAACAGGCUGAUGAGUUUGUUCACGAAUCCAGCAGGUUCUGUAACUGUGGCUGGCCAUGCCCUGCAGUUUCUGCCCUGCACCUGGGCACUCACUGCUUGGGUUGUUAUCACACAUCAAUAUUUUCUAUGAGAUAUUUGUAUUUUCCAGGUCAGUGCUGGAAUUUUGGCCAAUUGUUCAGUGAAUUUCCUCAAUGUUACUGAACACUAAAAGGGAAAAAGAGCAGACAUUUACUAAUUAGAGACUCAAAUGGUACUCACAAGGCAGCUUGAGUCUGGUUUCUUUGGACACGUCUGACUGUUCAGCCAUACCAGAGCCACUGUCUAAUUACUUGAAUGGUUCCUGAGGUAUUUUAGCCUAUGCUGAAACUUGUCUUGCACAACUUUCAAAGGAAUCGGCAGAACUCGAUCACACAAAGUGAUGGAGACUGAUCUUCAACUACAGGUCAAAUGAAAUUGCACUAUAAACAUUGGGAAUCUUAGAGUGUUGUGGACACCCAGCCAGAGUUGACUUUAACUGUGCAUGUUUCACUUGAUUUUAAUUAAUUAUUCCCCCCUCCCCAGCCUGCUGUGGCUAGAGGGUGUGGCUGGGUUGUUUGGUUUUGGGGUUGGUUUUUUUUUUUUUUUUUUGAGGAAUGAACAAAAGGAGGGCAAAUGUUCAUUUGUGGUUUUAUCAGAUGACAAUCAGGUGCUGUUUUCUUCUCGUUUUUUUUUUUUUUCUGGCCAUGCUGACCUAACACCUGGCCUGCAGUGAGCUCCUAGCAGGGAUCUCAACUCUUCCAGCAGGUUCUUACUUAGGAAAGUGGGACCAUGAUCACCUCCAGCAGCCCAGGGUGGGAACUAUCCAGUCUUUACAGCCAUACAGUCCAUUUGGGGCCGAGUCCAGUGAAGGCAGUGGAGUUAAAUCAGUUUGUAUGUAGCACUGGUUUCCCAAUUAAGUGGAGAGGAUGUGCUUGUCGCUUUAGAGAGCUGCCAAAUUACAGUCCAGGAAUGUGGAUGCCCUCCUUUUCUCUGCCCUUUACCCACCUAUUCAAUGGUCUGGACAAAGCAGCCAUAAGAGUCUCUCCAGACAAGCUCCUUUCUUCCUUUUUUCUGUUUCCUGCUGGUGUCCAGGCACAGCCACCAGAGUCUUUCACAGCACAUCCCAUGGGCACCGUAGCAGUUGUGUUUGCUCUGUAGAAAAAUGUCUCUGUGUUGUGGGCUUUAUUCUUUAAGCUGUCCAUGCUGCCAGAUGAUAACACAAGCUAGAAGGAGCCUGUCCUUCUAGAGGGGACAUCCACAAGUGCUUAUCAGCUGCCCUCUUCUUUGCCUCUUAUAAAAAAAUAACUCUGGGUUGAGGGGUAAAGUUUUCUCCCACCAGAUGCACUCGUAAAACUUCUGUUGCUUCAGAAGGAGGGGAGAGAAAAUAAAUGUUUCUACAGCCUGGAAUAAGCCUUACCUGCAAAAGAAACAAAUUUUGCCACCUUUGUGCACAGAAAUCCCAGAGAUGGGAUUUCUGAGGGUGAUUGCACUUUUGUUGUUCUGCAUGGCCAGUAAAUUGCUCAUGAGCCCUCAUCAAGGACCAAGAGGAAGGGAUAAGGGCCAGAGCUCUGCUCAUUUUGGAGAAGGGAUUGGUUCCCUGAGCCGUUUUACCUCUGCAGUUUGGGUCCAGAUCCCAGCAGCCACAAGAGUUCCCACUCACUGGCCCAGUGAGUGUCAGAGCCGUGGAUCCCCUGGGAGCAGGCAGGAAGGAGAGUUCUGGCGUGGGUAAGAAGUGUGGAGGACAUUCCUUCCCUCACCUAUUGCUAAGCCUUUCUCAUUACAGAUGCCUUGAAAACAGAGGUGACCAGGAAUGGGAGUUCUCCUGAAACCUUAGGAAAGCUUUUAAAAUUCUGAUAGAAAAUUUCAAUUGCAAAAAACCCAGAUUAUUUUGCCUAUAAUUUGCCAGAGUGCAAUCUGCACCAAUUGACUUCUCUUUGUGUUUUCUCAGCUGAAAGCUACUUACUGCCCAUGAGUGUCUUACCAAUAAAGGUGUCAGCGCCUGCCAGUGUGUGCUCUGAGGUGAAGCAGCAAGAUAAAAGUUCAAGAGCCACCAGCUUCUUGAUCAGCUUGAUCAUGGCUAAAAUGUCUUUAAUCAGCUCAGGAGUGGGAGGGAGCUGAACAGAGUAAUGCAGACAGCCUUCCUUGGUCCUUUUCCAUAGAUGAGUGUAGUUUACAUGAACUGGUUGAAAACAGCUCUGAGGUUGAUCUUAUGCCUUGUUCUUUUAAACUGUUCAUCUUCCUGACUUCAUUUGGUGUCCCCAUACCCUGCCUGAGCAAGUCUACAAACAACUCUGGGGAUCAGAAAGGCCAGACUUUCGGGCAGUGUUAGAUUUAUUGUAGGUGAAGGAAUGAAACCCUCUCACAUUCCUGCUCAUCAGAGCUGAAAUCUCUCCACAUUCACGGUGCAGUUUCUGCACAGAGCCUGUUGUCUGCUAAGAAUCAAUCAGCUCAUGGAGCCAGAACCAGCACAAAGUGCUUAAGAUUUUAAAUUAUUUUUUUAAUCAUUAAAAUUACAGUGUGAAAACUUGCUAUGUUUUUACAGAGUAUCAUGUGUUCCAGUUAUGUUAUUUUCUAACACACUCUGGAGUGCCACAGUGCUGCAGCACCACAGAGCUUUUCUGUUACCUCCAGAUGCCCUUGAAGCUGCUGGCUCAUGUUGGAGAUGUGGUAUUCUCCAUCCUGCUCAUUUGUGGUUCCAACCUGUCACAGUCUGCAGCGUGCUCCUGAAGGAGCAUCCACCAAGGGACUGGUUUCAGUGAUCUGAUGUGGUUUUAUUUCAGCUAUUGCCAGGAUUUUCCAUCAGUCAGAUAAAACAUGAAUCCACUGAACUUGUGACUGUGCAGUGCUAGAGCAGAAGGCAAGGACUGUCACCAGUGUGCAGGUUCGAACAGAGCACCUCAGAGCAAGUUACUUUACACUGUGUCCUUGAGUGAGGACACAACACCUGAGGGAGAAAAGCAAAGAAAAAAGCAGCGUGUGGUGGAUGUGCCUUGCAGUGAGCUCGCUGCAGCAGAGGGCCGCGGGCACAGUGCGGCAGGCGGGGCGGCCGGGGACACCUGCCGGCCGCGGGCAGCACCAGCUCCGCUGCCGCGGGAGGAGCAGGACAGAGCAGAGCCAAGCCCGCGGGACUGCAGAUGGCACCCUUUAUUCCUAGAUGCUUGGAGACAGGUAAAAUUAGUUUUACACACAGCGGUAAUAACACAGAUAGCAUGAGGGAGAGAGUUGUCAUGCAGUGGUGGGAGAGGAGGUUUCCAGAAGCAAUCUCUGAGUGAUGUGUAGCAGUCAUAAAAAUGCUGAUGAAUUUACUUUUGCUGAGUUUUUAAGACAACAUCUUGUGUCACUGUUUUCCUGUCAGUUGAUGAGGAAUCUUAGCACUUACGUGGCAUAUUGUGCUUUUUCACUACUUGCUCCUUUGGCAGUGGGAAGUAUGUUAUCAACAGGGAAGGGGGAAGCUAGAGAAAUUGUUACUAGAAAUAAAGCUCAGGGAUUCUGUAUCCCAACACCUUGCUGCUUCUGGUGGAUUAUACUGCUCAUGUGUUUUAGAUCAGAUUGGGCCCUUGCAGUUUGAACUGGGCUAUGGAGGAUGGAAUCUGAAUGUUCAGAGCUGAUACUGACACCACAGCUGACUGCUGACCUCACAAGGCAGUUUCUGCUCUCUGCCAAUAUUUAGUCUCACAGAUUGGUGGGUAGGACUUUCACACAUCCUUCAGUGAGUAAAGAGCUCAAAGUCUAUUCACAGUGAUUCAAGCUCAGCCCAAUUGCUUUGGAACACCCAUCCAUUGGCUUUGCCAGAAGUGGAACUGGAGAGAGCCAGAGGAACCAGAGAGCCCAGGCCAGCACUUCCAAGUAUCCCCUGCUCCUCUUAGAGUGGUGGCUGCUCUGCAGUGCUUUGUGUGGUACAACUCAGAUUCCUUCUCUCAUCACUGAUGCCAAGAGCUGGUUGUAAAGGAGUGCAGUGCAUUUUGCAGCUCUGUAAAAAAGAAUCACACCUAAGACAGAAACCAACCUUAUUUAAAGGCAAACGUAUCUUAAUGUCACCAUUAAUCAUUGGCUUUUAAUUGGAAGAAGCUUUCUAAUAUGCCAGUAGGAAUACAGAAAAUUUAUGUUUCAGGGUACUUUACAACACAGAGCACAAAAUAUUCCCAUGAUUAAGUAGCUGAAGUACCUUAUUUUCAGCAAGCUUGAUAGACACGUUGUCACUGACUCUCUCCUGACUCCCACAGUGUCUGUUCAAUUUGCAAAUAAAGCCAGAUUUAUGCAGUUUUUCUUUUGCUUACACUACUAAUGCUAACAACACAAUGAAGUGUUGAACACAAAGCACUAAAUGAUGUAAUUUUCUGCCUUAAAAUACUGAACAAAUGGUACUUUCCCUGUGAAGGGCUAGGAAAACAAAAUGAUAUUUGCAAGGUAAGAUGCUAUUGUAUGUUUCCAGAUAUUUUUGUAUUGUGUACAUUCUGUAUAUUUUUGUUGUGACAAUAUUAUUUGAGCACAGAAUCCAUUAAAUUUUUUUGGUGUUUUUUUGUUUGUUUUCUGUUUCAUUUAUAUUUUCUUUUCUUUUUCUUUUUUUAAUAAAAUUGAGUUGUUCUAUAUCUAAUACCAAAAAACAACCAACAAAGAACUUUCAAGGACAGUUUUGUAAGUUUGUCUACAGUUAAUGUGGUAUUUAACAAAAGAGCCCUUUGUUUGGAGCUCUGCCAUGUGAUCUAAUAAUGACACUGGUAACUAAUUUUUAUGUCUGUCAAACAGAUAAAGGAGAGAGUGAACUGCAGCUUCAUUUCUCCACAAGAUCCAGUGAGGAUGCAGAACUGGCUGGGGACUUGUAUGGAAAUUCAGGUGUUGUCCCACCUUUUGGCACCUCAGAACUGCAGGGAAGUUGAUGGCAUUUGAGUAAAUUUUUUCAUUUUUUUAGAUUUUAGUAGGGUUUUUUUUUUUACUGGAGAGGAGGGUUAUGCUCUUUUAAAAUCAGGCUCUACUGAAUGUUUUCAGAUCCGAGAGCCAGCACUCGUCUCUUGAAUCAAGAUUGGAAACAACAUAUCCAGAAAGUUCUGCAGUAACCCCCCAACUGAUUAAAAUAGAAAUCCUUCUACCAAUGUGGAAGGGGGAGGCUUAUUUUGAAAAAUAAGUAGUGUUUUUGUUGGGAAACUCUGGGUUAAAGUGUAAUUUAUAGGAAUGAAGAUGUAUGUAGGAGCAGUUCCUGUCAGAUGUGCUGCUCCUAAGGGAGGGAUCUCUGCUCCCAUGUGUGGGACUCAGCUCUUGCUGUCAGCUCUCUGCAUUGAACUGAACUUUCUGAGACACUCAAAUCUCUCUAUUCAUUAGCUGAGGAUUUUCAGCAUGAAGGUAAGGUGGGUUUUGUCAGCUUUUGUCAAUUAAUACAAUGGGUGUUACAGCUUGCUAGCACUGUACAUUUUUGUGCUAUCUGUUCUUCACACCCAACUUAUUUUUUUAAGCACUGAGCUCUUUCUUGUACCCUGAUCAGCCAAAACCCUGAACAAUCAGUGCUCCAGCUUUAUUAGAAAUGUACAGGAGCAACAAAGGGUGACAUUUUAUUGAGUGGUGCCGCUGCUGUACUCACUCAUGGAGGAAAACACUUGUUACUUCUCAGAGCUCCUGCAAAUGACUGA